GGAGGAACAGAGCCCCCUGGAGGGGCUUCCUGCCCGGUUCCUUUUGGCCAUUCAGCAUCCCACAGGCACAGAUUCUGCUUCCAAAAAACGUCGUUUGGGAAUAAAGUGAUGGGGCCUUUGGGCCCGAGGAGACAAGCAACAGCUACGUGGAGACCCAGCCAUCAUCACUGCAGCCGCCCGGGCAGCUGCCACAGUUUCUGCCACCUCUAAGAUGUGCCCUGGGAACUGGCUCUGGGCCUCCAUGACUUUCAUGGCCCGCUUCUCCCGGGGUAGCUCACGGUCUCCUGUCCGCACGAGAGGGGCCUUGGAGGAGAUGCCAAGUGUUCAACAUCCCUUCCUCAAUGUCUUUGAGUUAGAGAGGCUUCUCUACACAGGCAAGACAGCCUGUAACCACGCCGACGAGGUCUGGCCAGGCCUCUACCUUGGAGACCAGGAAAUAGCUAACAACCACCGUGAGCUCCGGCGCCUGGGCAUCACCCACAUCCUCAAUGCCUCGCACAGCAGGUGGCGAGGCACACAUGAGGCCUACGAGGGGCUGGGCAUCCGCUACCUGGGUGUCGAGGCCCACGACUCGCCAGCCUUUGACAUGAGCAUCCACUUCCAGACGGCUGCCGACUUCAUCCACAGGGCGCUGAGCCAGCCUGGAGGGAAGAUCCUGGUGCACUGUGCCGUGGGAGUGAGCCGAUCUGCCACGCUGGUGCUGGCCUACCUCAUGCUGUGCCACCACUUCACCCUCGUGGAGGCCAUCAAGAAAGUCAAGGACCACCGAGGCAUCAUACCCAACCGGGGCUUCUUGAGGCAGCUCCUGGCCCUGGACCGCAGGCUGCGGCGGGGUCUGGAGGCAUGAGGGCGGGAGGGAGCUCAGGCCAGGUGCUUGGGUCCCUGGCUCCCGGAUGGAGAGAGGAGGCCCAGGAGGCAGUGUCGGGAGGCCCAGAUAACCCAUCCUGUCCUAUAGGCUGGAGAGCGAGAGGGCUGGGGCAUGGUCCCACCACUGCUGUUUGUCUUGUUGGGAUGGGGAGUGUGAUGGAUGCCCAGGAGGGAGCUGACCAGGGAAGGAAGCAACUAGGCUGCAGGUAGAAGUCGGUCCUGGGAUUCAGACACUGCUGGAUUGCAGCCAGGGCGCCCCCCAGUCAUUCAAAGCCCCUUCCCCUCUUUGUGCCCCAGUGUUCCCCUUUCUCACUUGUCAGAACAAAAGGGCCAUCUCUGUCCUGUGCUCGUGCAGGGAGUCGGAUGCGGCGGGCAUGAAUGUGACCGUGUAGGGAGCGUGGAGAUGGUAGUGUGGAGACAGCCGGUGAAGAGGUGGCAUGAAAAGCUGUGAAACCGAGGGAGAAACCCACAGACUUGUUACUCCAAGCACAGGACAAGGAGGUGUGGGAGGGCUGGCGCUGUGCCCACGGGUGCUGAUUGUGGCCCAAAUCUGCAGAGGUGCAUGGCUGGGAGUCUUCAAAUGAUCCUUCGCUUGCUGGGUCCAGGUGUCUUAAGGGGAAAAAUAAAGAUGGUGAACAAGAA